ACAUCAUCUCAUUCAAGCCCAUCUUUAGACUUCUUAUCGCCACGGCACGUGUCCAACUUAACACGUCUACUUCUGUCCAAGAUCAGACCCAAACUCCUACCACUCCCAAAACCUCACCACCUUCUCCAUACCAGAAUCUCACGAUAAGCAUACGGGCACAUAUUCGAUACUUUAGUGUCAUAGCCCCCCAAAACACCAUGAUACCUGGCUCUCUCGCCUGGCUACUUGCACUGCCGGCCUUUGCGCUAGCCGCCCGCCCCAAGGAUGCCAUCAAGCUUUCUGAUGUGCGAUCUCUCACCCUCCGCGGUAACGGAGCAAUGACCAAUCAUCGCCGUGUUGGCGCCAUCCCCCAGUUGCGUUGUGUCUCCAAGAAGGCGCUCUGUGAACUUUACGACGUUGAUGUGAUGCGCUGCACCAAUGAAGGUUCCGGCUGGGGUGAUGAGGAUAUUCAAUGGAGCUGUACUGCUUCACUUCCAGAAGAGCUCAAGCUUGUCACUACGGAUGUAAUCUGUGAGGGUUAUAACUCUCCCGACGACCCCUAUGUUCUAAAGGGUAGUUGCGGCGUCGAAUACAGAGUCGCCUUGACAAGGAAGGGCGAACGCCGUUAUCCAAAUAUCGCCAACGGAGGAUGGUUUAAUGACGGCAGAGGUGGUACUGACUGGGGGGCUCUGCUCUUCACGAUUCUUUUUUUCUCUAUUCUCGGCUGGAUCCUUGUCUCAGCGUGUUACAAAGCACAAGAGGCUGGCAGCAACCCCAACCGACCACGUCGCCGUCGCGACGGAUGGUCACCUGGAGGAUGGGGCCCAGGAUGGGGUCCCGACGGCGAUGAUCCUCCACCUCCAUAUCCCGGUUCUAAGCCUUCUUCGCAAUCUGGCACUUGGAGACCCGGGUUCUGGAGUGGUGCCGCAGGAGGAGCCGCAGCAGGAUAUUGGGCUGGUAGCCGUAAUCAGCAAAACCAUCAUAAUCACCACAACGAUGGGUAUGGCAGCAUCGGACGUGGAGGUUCUGGAUGGGGUGGUCGUUCUGGAUCGUCAUCUGGAUCCAACAAUUCAAAUCGUCAUGAGAGCACUGGUUUCGGUUCUACCAGUCGUCGAUAGAUAACUAUCCCACUAGAGACAUGUAACAGAGUUACAAAUUUUGACGCAUUCCAUUUAUCCUGCUAUUCCAUACACUGACUCAGAAUCUCCCCAACCCCCAACCCCCGCCUUUCUUUACAAAGAGUAUAUACAUGCAUACAGCGGCUCGUCAAGUGUUCCGCUGAGUGGUUUAGAAAUACAUGGAUGACUUUCCAAGAGUAGCCACCUAGCCCAGAGAAGGAAACCGUCAAGAUGCGCUGUCCAGAUCAUAGUGGCCCAACAUAGUCCGGUGAAUGUGGACAUAAACAGCCACCCCCAAAUGGUUGAAGGAAUAGGAUGGAUGCUCAAUGCUUGACGCAAGCAAUUAAAGAAGUAGAAAAAGAGGUAUCGCAUAUAUAAGAAACAGAAGUAAGAUGCAAGAUAGGUUGUUUCCAUUGCGG